AUCGAUAAUAUAUCUUUCGAAUGAAAUAAUCGAAAACAUGAUCGAUUGAUUGAUUAAUUCUUUCUUUUUGAAAUUUCGUAAAGAAAGCGAAUAAAAAUUUCGGAGAAAGAAAAGAAAUUGGGGAAAACCAUCGAUAUGAAAGAUUCUAGAAGAACAGAAUGGUGACGUAAUAUGGAUUCGAGGACAAGGAUCGUUAAAAGAAAUAGCGGUCAAAGAAAAAGAAGGAAAGGAAGCUGAAGUAGGAAGUGAAUGAGUAUAUACCUAAGAACAAAAAUAGGAGAGAAAGAAAAUAGGAGAACGUAAACAAAAGAAAAAAAGAAAAAGAAAAAAAGAAAAUCGAUAAGAAAAUGAUGGAAACAACUACGGUUUAUUAUCAUAAUCGUUCAUAUAUUCAGAAUGAUACGAGCGACGAUGUUCCUAUGGAAUGUUAUCAAAAAAUCAAUGCUACUGGUCUCUUUGAUUUUAUCAUAUACGGUGUGCUCAUAAAUUUCAUAGGUCUCUUCGGUAUUUUAGGAAACACUAUCUCGAUGAUUGUACUUUCGAGACCUCAAAUGAAAUCGUCGAUUAAUUACCUUCUGAUUGGAUUAGCAAGUUGCGAUACUCUUCUUAUCAUUAGCUCGAUACUUAUUUUUGGAUUACCAUCGAUUUACGUUUACACCGGCUAUCUUUUUAAUUAUCAAUUCUUCGUUUAUCCGAAAAUAGUCAAAUAUUUAUAUCCAAUAUCGUGCACAGCGCAAAUAGCAACAGUGUAUUUAACGUUAACCGUAACAAUAGAACGAUACAUUGCCGUUUGUCAUCCACUCAAAGCAAGAUCAUUCUGCACAUGUGGUCGUGCACGUUUAGCAUUUCUAAGCAUCGUAACUUUCGCAACGAUCUACAAUAUUCCAAAAUUUUUGGAAAUAGAAAUCUACAGCGAGAAGCAUUGGAAAUACAACGUUGUCAUAUAUUGUUUACGUCCAGCACCUUUAAGGGAUAACAAUAUUUACGUAACCAUAUACGUCCAUUGGAUGUAUUUUUUCGUGUGUUAUACCAUUCCUUUAUUCGCUUUAAUCAUUUUCAACAUGGCUAUUUAUCGACGGGUCAGGAAAGCGAACAGGGAUUUGCAACAACUGACGCAUCAUCAAAGACGAGAAAUUGGAUUGGCAACGAUGUUACUUUGUGUCGUAAUCGUCUUCGUUAUAUGCAAUAUUCUACCCCUUACCUCAAAUAUAUUCGAGACUUUUAUCUACGAUCCACCCCGGUGGUUAGUUCAAGUCGGUAACCUGUUGGUGACUAUAAAUAGCAGCAUCAAUUUUAUAAUAUAUGUGAUAUUCGGAAGAAAAUUUAAACGGAUAUUUAUGAAACUUUUUUGUGGUUCGGCUAUAUUAUUUGGCCGUGAUAGAGACAGUCCCGAAUUUCAAACCCAUGAUGAGUCGAGCGUAACGAACGUUUCGAAUAUGACAAAUGUAGACUUAAGAAAUUCUAUUAGACAUAAUCAUCUAAAUAGGACAAAUACCAUUGGUAGAAACAAUAAUGUUCAUAUUACAAAUGGUGGAACUAGACAAAGCAUUAGAUUAUCGAAUAGACCAAACAGUUCAGGUACUCUUGCUUAUUAUCCCGCUUGUAAUUCAAUGAGAAAUCUAAACAAAGUCAUUAAAAUUUCUUCCGAUCAAAAUGGCUGGAAUAAAAAUAAUAAUAACGAUACUCUUAUGUAGCUUUUUUUUUUUUUAAUUCUAUUCGAACAUGCUACGUCUAAAUAAAGAUAUUAUUAUGUUUAGGAAAAUCUCACUUUUAUCUUCAUUGUAUAAUAUGGGUAUAUUUAAUAAAAAAGGUCAGUCAAUUUCAACAAAAAAUAAUUAAAAUUAACAAUCAUUAUCAUUGAAAUUAUGACGGUGUCAUCGUACGAUUAGAUUCGAACGUAACUUAUGAUAAAAAUAUCAUUUAAUCUUUUCUAAAUUCAUUUGUUACUCAAAUAAUUAAGAAAAAAAAACCUUACGUCAUUAUUAUUAUACAACUAUCGAAUUGUUUAUGUUGCGUUAUGUUAAUGCAUUUGUUAAAGUAGAUAUACGUAUUCGAGUACGAUGGACUGCCUUGUAUAAUAUUUUAUGCACUAAAAAUAAUUCAUAUCGAUAAAAAUCAUAAUUAUUUUUUAUUCAUAAUCUCAAACACAGAUCUUUAUGAAUUUUGCCGAUAAUAAAAACAGUAUUAUUUAUAUUUAUUCAUCAUUUAACUCAUUGGAUAUAUCAUUGCAUUAAUAUAAAGCUAUUAAUUUUAUGUAAAAAUUUCAUAGAUAAUAAUCUCCUAUUUAUUCAUAUUUUCGAAAAUGUUCAUAUCUUACUACGGUUAUCGUUUUUGUAAUGUUGUAAAUAUUACAUUUAAAUGAUCACGUAUUUUUAAGAUAAUGAAAAACGAGACUGUAUGUUAGAGAAAUAGCUAGUAAUGCGGAUAUUUUUAAAUAAAUGCUAUGUAAAUAUAGCGAUUAUAUAUA